AUAAAUAACUUUAAUUAUCAGUAUUUUUGUGUGUGUUUGGUGGAUAAUAUCUUUAGGCUGUUGGCAGAGGUCUGGACCCAAUUCCAUUUGUGCACUGCAGUGCAGGUCCAGACCUCCACUGCAUACAGGCUGUUUUGGAUAUACUUAUCCUUGCUAGAUGGAUUACAAAAGGCUAUUGUUCCAGCAUUGACUGACCGAGCUGUUGAUGUGCUGGUAUUGGCUGCUGAUACCAUUAGGUCUGUCUUAACUUUAGUCUGCAUGCACACUAGAACUGAGAGGUGUAGGUAAACCAGAGCAUGGGCAUACUGCUGAAGGUCAGUCAUCACUGCUCUGGACCUGUACUGUGUAGCUAACAGGAUCCAACUGAGGACUGAAGCACAUUCCUGGAGGAGUGGAAGGCUGCACUGUAAACGUGUGAGAAAUCAACCCGUCAUGUCUAUCAAUAUGUCCUCAAGUCUGGCUUCCCCACACUGGAACCACUCGGAACAAAGAUGUGCAUUGCCAUGGUGAUCAUUUACCAAAAAACACUGGAAAAGAAGGGGGCUGAUGAUGUAACAUCCAAAAGUACAGCUUUGGGCUCGUUCCAGGGACAAACCAUGAGCCAGGGAACCGCCCUUUUCUCUUGUGGACUCAUGGAGGCCAGUCGGUGGCGUGAGGUGGGUCACAGGCCAGUUGGGACCAGCCUGGAGAGCCUGUGGGACGUCCUGCCCGAGAUGCACCAGACUCCUUCCCAUUGGGGUUGGGAUGUUGGCAGCACCUCCAACACAAUCACCAGCUUGUUGCAAGACCUCAGUCUGACUGAGGCUGCUUCCUUAACCUCCACCGCGCCACCCAGCAAGCGGCAGUGCCGGUCCUUGUCUUGUUCGGAAGAGCUCGGUGGCUGCCGCUCUUCCUGGCGGCCCCAGGGAUCCCGACUCUGGACGGCAGUGGAGAAGAGGAGGUGCCACAGCGGAGGCAGCGUACAGCGCAGUGGUUGUGGAAUCGCUCAGCUCGCUUUCCCGGCAAUGCAGCGCAGCUCCAGCUUCAGCCUGCCUGCCAGCUCCAGCACCCUCGAGCUGCCAUGUUUUGCGCAGCGUCUUCCAUGCCCCUCGGCUACUUCCAGCCUGACACCCUCAUCCUCUAUGCCCCUGUCCCUGGAGUCCUCAGCACAGCCUGUCUACCUCUCUCAGGAACACAUCUGCCUCCCUGAACCUCGCAGACCCUCACCAUCUAGCUCCCCUGACUCCACUCCAGAGGUGGAGCGCCGCAGUGGGCAACUGAGUUUGGCUCGUAGCCGCUCACAGCCGUGCGUCUUGAGCGACAAGAAAGUUGGGGUGAAGCGCAGGAGACCAGCUGACGCACAGAAACAGAGGCCUUCUUUGGACCUGGCCAAGAUGACACAGAAGCUUCAGAGCUUCCACAGCCUGAGCUGCCCUGGAAUCACGGGGGAAGACUGCUGCGUGUCAAGCCACGCCCCCACCUCUCUCAGGAGCGCUGCUCCGUGCGACACAGACGACUCGGCUGUGAAGGAAACCAGCUCUGAGGGCUCGCAGCCGCACACCAAAGAAGGUGAGAUUAGCAGGAAGGUGCUGUCGGACCUCACCGCAGAGGAGUCGGACUGCGCCGAGUGUGAAGACACAACUUCUGUGAUGAAUAAUUUCAAGGACUGUGAGCCUCUGUGGGCGGGGCCGUGUGGGAUGAGGAAGGAUAUAUUCCAGCUUGGUGGUGAACUUGACAUUGAUCAAAUUGAGAGGAACUGAGGGGAGCACCAUCCCACUUGGGGGGGAGCCGCAUCAGAAGAUGUUUAGUACUGGUGGUUGUGUCAACGGAGCAUCUUAAGGCAAAUGAAAGUUUAAGAUAAAACAAGGAGCAGUUGGAGCGUGCCAUGGAAAGCCCAUUUUUGGUGGCCAUCUUGGGGUUGAGCUCCAUGUCACACAUGCGGGAUGGCAACCAUGUCUCAGGAGAAUAUGGACGUCAAUGAUGAGGUGUCUUGGGCACCAAUGGAACUGAUAAAUGAAAAACAAAGGUCUUGGGCACCAAUCGAACUGAUAAAUGAAAAACAAAGAUACGGCUGAAGUCUCAUAACUUUCUGUAAGCCUGGUUGCCUUCAUUGUACUGCAACUGAAGAGGAUUGACAGCAGGUUUGUAUAAAUUCUCUGCACCCGACCACGUCUCCGUCCGACGUUCUUCAGCGGUACAUGGCUACAUGAUGGACAGAAAAUGGCGACUACUAGAGUGGCUGUCAGUAAAGCCCAUUUUGGUCCAACGACACGAGCAUAUUCGUAAAACUUUCAGGGUUUAAAACGAUGCAUUCCACUGCUCCAGCGGUGGCAGUUCACGUUCUUUCAGGGUUCUAUGUGUUACUUCUGAUUCCAGCGCCAGCGUGCUCAAUAUCACAAUACAUCUUGUCACGGUUGACAAUUUAAUGCACGGCCCACGUUUUCAACUCUAGGCUCAUUCCUUACUUCCAUUGCUACAUUAACAUGUAGCUAGCAUGCUAGCACUAGCAUUAGCAAAACUUGAACACAGACUUAUAAUAAUCAGUGUAUUAUGUAAUACACACAUGCAUCCACACACCCACCCCAUCUCCAGUUAUUAAUUAAAUGGUGUCACUGCACCCCCUACUGGCUCAGAGUACCAUCAUAAAAAUAAAUCUGUUUUUAGAUGCCACGUUACUUGCCCUGUUCUUUUCUCUUACCAACGCCUUCAACUUUACUGAAUAAGCUGUGCAUACGCGUACACACACACACCCACACCCUGUAAAGUAUGUUGAAGAGAUCAACAUUUCAUGGUAAUAGCAGGCUUCUCUCAGAUCUGUGCUCCAGUUUGUUUGAUGCCACUAGUGUUUAUUCUUUUUACAGUUUGUAACUACAAAGCUAUGUACAAAACAUAAGCAUAUUUCCAUCCAAAUAAAACACUUUAAAAUGUGA